AUGCCAAGCAAGUUAAAGAAGGCAAUUGCUGCAGUGAAAGAUCAAACCAGCAUUAGCCUUGCUAAAGUUUCCACCAACACUUCCUCAACUCUUGAAGUUGCUGUUCUAAAAGCCACCACACAUGACGAUGUCCCCGUCGAUGAACCUUACAUUCACGAGGUUGUUCAAUUAGCCUCCUCCAAUAAGGCUUACGCGGCUGCCUGUGCUCGUGCCAUUGGCAAACGCAUUGGUCGUACUAGGAAUUGGAUCGUAGCCCUCAAAUCAUUAAUGCUUGUCCUUAGAAUCUUCCAAGAUGGCGAUCCUUAUUUCCCUCGAGAAGUCCUCCAAGCAAUGAAACGUGGUGCCAAGAUUCUCAACCUUUCCAAUUUUCGCGAUGAUUCAAAUUCUAGCCCCUGGGAUUUCACUGCCUUUAUUAGAACGUUUGCACUUUAUCUUGACGAGCGUUUGGAUUGUUUUCUCACGGGGAAACUCCAACGGAGGUGUAAUUACAAUGACCGCGAAAAUUCCAAUUAUUUACGGAGUAGCAGUGAUAGUAGCAGGAGCAGGAGCAGAAGCAGAACAAAUGAGGCGAUACCCGAAAUGAAACCACCAAUGCUACUUGACAAGAUUUCAUAUUGGCAAAGAUUGCUUGAAAGGGCAAUUGCAACAAGGCCAACAGGUGCAGCCAAGACGAAUUGUCUAGUACAAGCUGCUCUGUAUGCUGUGGUACAAGAAAGUUUUGAUCUUUACAAGGAUAUUUCUGAUGGACUUUCUCUUGUUCUUGAUAGUUUUUUUCAUUUACCAUACCAAACAUGUGUAAAUGCCUUUCAAACUUGUGUUAAAUCCAAGAAGCAAUUCGAGGAGAUCAACACGUUUUAUUCGUUAUGUAAAAGCAUUGGUGUAGGCAGGACAUCAGAGUACCCAAGCGUUCAAACUAUAACCGAGGAGUUAAUUGAGUCAUUACAAGAAUUUCUCAAGGAUCAAUCUUCAUUUACAGUGAAAUCUUCAGGAGAUUUGAUUCCUCAAGGACCAGGUUCAAUGAAGUCAUUAAGAAAUAGGUUUGAUAGUUAUGGUGGACAAUCCGAAUUCUCUCUUGCAUGGACUGAACCAUAUUCGGACAGGAGUCCAACUGUUUCUGGGAAUGGUUCGCCUUGUAGUUCACUAGAAGAUUUAAUAAGAGCCACGGUAACAGGGAGGAGCCCGUCCAUUUCAAUCGAUUUGGAAGCCUAUUCGGAUAUUCAAUUCAAGAAGCAAUUUAAUGAAGAUAUGUGUGAUACAGGUUCUGCAAAGUCAUUGCCAGUGUCCAUGAUUGAUCUUGUUUCUCUAUCAGAAGAUAAUGGAAACAAUGACAACGAACAAGAACAAGUACACGACCAGAAGCAACAACCUGUUGUAGAGAAAACGAAAGAACUUAACUCUAAAGAAGCUAAACAAGAACAGAUCCAGGAGAAACAAAAGCCUACAUUGGAUUCAAGUUCAGCCAAAGGAUGGGAAGUUGUACUACAUGAGGCUUUAACGCCAUCAUCAACAUCUUUUAACGCCUUUCCAGUACAAGAAGAACCAAAAGAGGUGUCAAGAAAUGGAACGAAUGUAUCACCUGUUAAGGCUUCUUCAAGCAAUGGUUGGGAUUUGGAAGUAUUUGAAGCAUCCCCACAAACAAAAUCAGUACAACACAUGCCUAAUAAUACUGCUAACAACAUUAACAUCUACGAUACUUCCACAAUUCCAUUGUCAUUGCCAUCUUUCAACGCCUUUCAAGAAAAUCAAGAACCGGAACAAGUAUCAAGAAAUGGUGCAAAUAGUGGUUGGGAUAUGCUAUUAUUUGAAACAACCCCACAAACAACAACAUCACAACCUAUGCCUACUACCUCUAACAACCUUAACAACUCCAAUUCUUCGUACAACUACGAAUUGUAUAAUCAGAAUUCAUCGACAUUGUUUCCAAAUAGUGGCCUAAAACCAAAUUCUAAUAUGAAUAACUAUAAUCAAAUUCCAGUAAAUGAACCAACCAACCAUUACAAUCCAUUUUUACAAGACACAUCGACAGAGCAGCCUGCAACGCCAAAUAUGGAUACGAACAUAGGUGCAAGCAUGUUCUCAUCAACACCUUUGCCUACAUUUCAAGCAACACCAACAUUUAGUGGUGAGAAUUCUUCAUCAGCAGUGCAGAGUGAUUUGAAUUCCGAUCCAUUUGGGACGUUUCAGAGUAGUGAUCAGACGUUAAAUGGCGUAAUGAAUCAGAAGGAUUUUUCGGUUGAACAACAGUUAUGGUUACAGAACCAAAACAAGAUCAUAGCUAAGCAUAUGUCUUAAAAUUUGCUUCUGUCAGCUUAGAUGCUACUUUUGAUCUUUAAGUUUCCCUUUUUGCUUCUAUUCUUACUUCUAUCUUGCAAUUUUCACUAUGACAUUGUUCAAUCUGCUUUUUCCAUGUUUCUGAGUUUUAAUUAGAAUAGUAAAUUUGCAUGACAGAAAGUAAAAAAAAAAUUAAACUACUGUCUGAAGAGGGAAGAUACAAACAUUC